GACUACACCGGCUAUGGCCUGAGCAGUGGUCACCCAUACGAAGAGCAUCUGUACGCCGACAUCGAUUCGGUCAUGUCUUCGCUCAUGUAUUUGUACGACAUUCAGCCCGAAGACGUCAUACUGUUUGGUGAGUCCAUUGGUUCCGUUCCGACCAUCGAUUUGGCGACGAGACUACCGGUAAGGGCAGUGAUUCUGGACGGACCUAUCGUUUCGGGUUUGAGGACAAUACUGCCCGUCACACGACUGCUGGCCUUCGAUCCCUUCCCGAACCUCUUGAAAGUGGAGAACAUUGAAUGCAAAGUACUUUUGUUUCACGGAAUCGAUGAUACAUUGGUGAACAUUGAGGACGCGUUACUACUGUUAAGCCGAUGCCCGCGUCGAGUGGACCCGUUUCUAGCGGUUGGCUGCGGCCAUAACCACGUUAAAUAUCAUCCCCAAUAUUACAAGAGAAUCCGCAAGUUUUUAUAUGAAGAAUUGGAUAUUAUCUAA